AUGUGGUCGUGGUUCGGUGGCCAGUCCGCGCAAAAGCGCAGAGAUGCGCCCAAGGAAGCCAUUCUGGGACUCCGGGCACAGCUCGAAAUGCUGCAGAAGAGAGAGAAACACUUGGAAAAUCAGAUCGCAGAGCAAGAGGGGAUAGCCAAGAAGAAUGUCACGUCGAAUAAGAAUGUUGCCAAGGCCGCCCUGAGAAGGAAGAAAUUGCAUGAGAAGAACCUCGAACAGACCCAGAACCAGAUCAUUCAGCUCGAACAACAAGUUUAUUCGAUCGAAACUGCCAAUAUUAACCAGGAAACACUGUAUGCCAUGGACAAUGCCGGAAAUGCCAUGAAGCGCAUGCACGACGGUCUCACGAUGGACAAGGUUGAUACGAUGAUGGACAAAUUACGAGAACAACAACAACUCGCCGAGGAAAUCGCAAAUGCCAUCACAAGCACGCCGCUAGGCGAACAGCCAGACGAAGACGAGCUGGAGAAUGAUUUGGAUCAAUUGGAGCAGGAAGCUAUAGACGAGCAAAUGCUCAAGACGGGCACUGUCCCUGUGGCCGAUCAACUCAAUCGGCUGCCUGCGGCUGCGAAUGGAGAGCUCGGCAAAGGCAAAGCCAAACAAACAGAAGAAGAAGACGAUGAAGAAGCCGAAUUGGAGAAACUUCGCGCCGAAAUGGCUAUGGGCUAG